AUGCCCGUAACGAACGAACUCUCGUCGGACGCCAGGAAUAGUAUGGCGUUCGCGAUGUCCGUCGGUUCACCUAUACGUCCCAACGGUAGCGCAAGAAAGGUUGAAACCUAUUUGUACGGCAUUUCAAAACUUUCGGGCAAUAAAUACGGUAUCGAUGUUUGCGAUGGUUAUAAAGCUGGUGAUUGGCUUGGAAUUGGUUGCCGUCACGAAAUAGUUUAUGAUUCAUCAGCCCCAGAGCACGAUGAUAAAAUUGAAUCGGUCACCUUCUUCAAGGACAAUUACCUAUUCUUGAGAUCAUUUGAUGAACGCUAUCCUGUAAAAGGUAUAGACGCGCAAGAAACUGAGGUGGGUCCAUUGAUGGACUAUGUGGUCAUUACUAAUUACACCGGUGGUGCCAAUAACGAAACUGCUGGAUGGUACACCUGCACAGUAGAAUUAAUUGAUUAUCAUGUAGCAUGCGAAAGUAGCGCAAGACAGGUUUCAACCUUUUUGUAUCGCAUUUCAAAACUUUCGGGCGAUAAAGUCUAUAUCGAUGAUUGCGACGGUUAUAAAGUUGUUCCAGAGCGCAAUGAUGAAAUGCUCUCGGUCAACUUCUUCAAGGACGAUAUCCCAUUCUUGAUAAUAGAUAAUCAAGGAAAUGUUACCAAAAUGACCUUUAUCACUUUAGAUUCAAGCCAUCCCGUAAAAGGCAUAGAUUUGGGAAAAGUUGAGUUAGAUAUGUUUAAGGACUAUGCGGUCUUAACUAAUACCACCGGUGGUGCCAAUAAUGAAACUGCUGGAGGGUACAGCUGCCUAGUGAAUUUGCCAGUUCCCUAUUCAGAUUUGUUCUAA